AUGGUCCGCAAAGAUCCCAUCUUCGAAGCCCGCACCAAUGUCAAGCUCCACUCCAACCGCCUAAAAAAAGAAUCCGCCCGCGCCGAAGCAACCUACAAAUCCGAAAAAGCCAAAGCAGACCGCGCCAUGAAAAACCGCGAAUUCCAAAUCGCCCGCAUCCACGCCUCCUCCGCCGUCCGCGAAAAGCGCCGCCAAGUAACGCUGAAAUCCGAAGCCGCACGCGCAGACGUAAUAAUCAACGAACUCAAAGCCGCCCAGUCAACCCGCGACACGUCGCGCACACUGCCCUGGCCUCGCGGGGCCUGGACGCCGCGAGCAAGAGCUGAGGACUUUAAGAUUGCGAGUAGUGCGAUUGAGGAUGUUGCGCAGGGGGUGAGUUUGCAGGAGUAUGGGGCUGAGGGGCAGCAUGAGGUUGAUCGGAUGAUGGAGCAGCUUGCUGAUGAGGCGGGUGUUGAUAUGCGUAUUGCCUUGGAGCAGGAUACGAAUGUGCCGCAGGAGGUUAAGAAGAAGGAGGCGGUUCAGCCGGUUAAGGGGGAUGCGGAGGUUGAGGAUGGGCUUGGGGCGAGGUUGAGGGCUUUGAGGGCUGCGAAUUAG